AUGGCUACCAGUUCAGUUCAAUCAACCAUGCCCGUUAUCAAUCUGAAAUCGGGUAGUCUGAAAAUGCCCGUAUUGGGAUUCGGAACAGCAUCGGAUCCUCCUGUUGAUUCAGAAACCACAAAAAAUGCCGUCCUUCAAGCGAUUGAACUCGGUUAUAGGCAUUUCGACACUGCUGCGUUGUAUAAUUCAGAGCAGCCACUCGGCGAAGCCAUUGCUGAAGCACUGAAUCGCGGCUUAAUUAAGUCUCGGGACGAGCUUUUCAUUACAUCCAAGCUAUGGUGCAGUGAUGCCCAUGCCCAAUUUGUGCGCCCUGCUCUUCAGAGAACUCUCAAAAAUCUGAAUAUGGACUAUAUUGAUCUGUAUCUAAUACACUGGCCAGUGAGUUCUAAGCCUGGAAUUAUUGAGUACCCUAUAAAACCAGAGGACUUUCUUCCUAUGGAUUUUAAGUCUGUGUGGGCAGCAAUGGAAGAUUGCCAGAGACUUGGGCUGACAAAAUCAAUAGGAGUUAGCAACUUCUCUUGGAAGAAGCUUGAAGAAAUUUUAUCGACUGCUAAUAUUCCUCCGGCCGUCAAUGAAGUGGAAGUAAAUCCGUGUUGGCAACAUAAGAAGCUGAUAGAACUCUGCAACGCCAAGGGGAUUCUCGUAGUUGCUUAUUCGCCUUUAGGGGCAGCUGGGACUUUUUAUGGCACCAAUAGAGUUCUGAAUUCUCCAGUUCUAAAUCAAAUAGCCAAGGCCAGAGGAAAGAGUGUUGCUCAGGUCACUUUGAGAUGGGCAUACGAACAAGGGAUUGGAGUGGUGGUGAAGAGUUUUAACAAAGAUAGGAUGAAGCUAAAUCUUGAGAUAUUCGACUGGUCAUUAAGCAACGAGGAUUUGCAGAAGAUAGGUGAAAUUCCACAAGGUAGAGCUUGUGUUGGUACAGAUUACACAUCAAUCUAUGGCCCAUAUAAGACAGUUGAGGAGCUUUGGGAUGGAGACAUUUGA